CUCUUCCUCGCUGGUGGUUGUUGCUGCUGCAAGCUGCUGGUGUUGCUGUGACGAUGAUAUCCUCCCCCUCUUACACACACAUACACACACAGACUAGGAGGAGAGGAGAGAAGAGGCAGCAAACAAGACAGUUUCAUGACGCGAUGGCUGCAGGCUGGAAAGCAGACGCUCCCACUGAUGGCCUGGAAAACAGGGAAUCAGUGGAUUCAUCCUCAGUGCUCUCCAAAUAAAAUCAGUUCAACUGAAUACAGUUAAAUUACUCCUGAAGGGAAACUAUCUGCCUCUCACCUUCUUCUUUUUGGUGUUUCAAUGGAUAAAUAACCAUCUGGAAUGUGGGACAGAAGACUCUCAGAUCUACAGAAGAAUAACGUUAAUGUGGAUUAUUGACUAAAACCCAUCAAAUCUAAGAUCAGUGCAGAUCUUUUUUAUAUUCAGAAUGUGCCAACAGUUUCUACUGGAGUGUUUUUCUCAUUUUUCCUGAAUGUCCAAUGGAGUGAAAAACAAACAGAGUCGGGAGAAAGAACCUGUUAGAAACCAAAGCAACAAACCCUCUGCUUGAUCGUAAAGCGUCUUCCCCUGGCUGCGGUGAGGAAGGAGGGGUGUGUUUGGAGGUUCCCCCCCAGCAGGCUGCCGCGCGCAGAUGGAGGCCCACCAACACUCCCCAGAUAGCAGCAGUGAGGAGUGCACCGUCCUGGAGGCCGCGCCCAGCAAGAACAGCUGCCUGCAGCAUGCAGGGAAGGUGGCUGACCUGUACUGCUCGGCCUGUGAGUGUGCCCUGUGUGAGGACUGCUUACCGGCCCAUGAGGAUCACCCCACGGUGGCGCUCAGCCAGGCCCUGGAGCAGCACCGGAGCCGGCUGCAGGAGAGACUCGGGGCGGUCCAGAGCAGACUGCCCCAGAUUUCAGAUGCUCUGUCCUUCGUUACGGAGAUUCUGCAGCAGCUGAACAACCAGAGAGCUUCCAUCGAAGAGGACAUCCAGUCCAGCUUCGAGGACCUGCACAAGCAGCUGGACGUUCGGAAGAGCGUCCUUCUCAUGGAGCUCGAAGUCACAUAUGGGCUCAAACAAAAGGUCCUCCAAGCCCAGAUAGACAACCUCACACGUGGAGACGGGGACAUCACGUCCACCUGCACCCGGACGGAGGAAGCUCUGGCUGAGGAGGCGAGCGUGGCCACGCUGGAGGUGGAGCAUGAGCUGGAGGAGAGGCUCAAGGAGAUGGCUAUUCUGAGAAUGCCAUGCCAGCCAGAGGAGAACGACCAGCUGGACCUGGUGAUGGAGACAGACGGGCUGAGGAAGUCCAUUCACAACCUGGGGACCAUAGUUACAACCAGCGCUGUGGCAAGUCAGAGUGAAGCCAUGGGCACCGGCUUGGAGCAGUGCAUUGUGGGACAUCCUGCUUCAGUUACUAUAGUAACAAGAGACAAGUCAGGGGGAGCCUGCAAGAGUGGAAAUGCCAUCUUAUCAGCUGAGGUAUUCACCCCCGACGGCAGCAUUGUUGACGGUGAGAUCCUGGACCACAAGAACGGAACAUAUGAGUUCGUCUACACGGUGCCCAAGGAGGGCAACUUCUCUCUGGCCCUCCGUCUGUACGACCAGCACAUCAAAGGAAGCCCCUUCAAACUGACCGUCACCAAGGCGACCGAGGUCGAGGUCGAGGUGUCUCCAUCCACCACCACAGCAACCAACUCAGCAGCCAAUGCCACCCCGUCCACAGGCUCCUCUGACGGGACAAAGAGACGAGGAAAGUCCCCGGGUCAGAAGAAGAAAGGUUCCAAGAGGGCCAGCAGCGCUCUGGGAACCCCACGACGAAAAACUCAGAAUCCCAUCGAGGACGACCUCAUCUUCAAGAUCGGAACUAAGGGUAGAAAUAAGGGUGAGUUCACCAACCUUCAAGGAGUGGCUGCCUCUUCUAGCGGUAGGAUUCUGAUAGCUGACAGCAACAAUCAGUGUGUCCAGAUUUUCUCCAACGAGGGUGAGUUUAAGAGUCGUUUUGGGGUGCGUGGGCGAUCUCCUGGCCAGCUGCAGCGGCCAACCGGGGUCGCGGUGCACCCGAGCGGUGACAUCAUCAUUGCUGACUAUGAUAACAAAUGGGUUAGCAUCUUCACGUGCGAGGGCAAGUUCAAGGCGAAACUGGGCUCAGGGAGACUCAUGGGGCCAAAAGGCGUGUCUGUGGACCAAAAUGGUCAUGUGAUUGUAGUCGACAACAAGGCGUGUACAGUCUUCAUCUUCCAGCUAACCGGCAAGCUAAUUGCUAAGUUUGGGAGUCGGGGAAAUGGUGACAAGCAGUUUGCAGGUCCACACUUUGCAGCAGUGAACAAGAAUAAUGAGAUCAUCGUGACAGACUUCCAUAACCACUCUGUCAAGGUUUUUACCACUGAGGGAGAGCUGGUGUUGAAGUUCGGCUCAAAUGGGGAAGGAAACGGCCAGUUCAACGCUCCCACUGGUGUAGCUGUGGAUGUAAAUGGGAACAUCAUUGUAGCUGAUUGGGGCAACAGCAGAAUCCAAGUUUUUGAUGGCAGUGGCUCCUUCCUGUCCUACAUAAACACAUCAGCAGACCCACUGUACGGCCCGCAAGGCCUGGCACUGACCUCGGACGGCCAUGUGGUGGUCGCCGACUCUGGUAACCAUUGCUUCAAGGUCUACCGCUACCUACAAUGAUAAAGACUAGUGAAGAAGUAGGAGAGGAGAACAAGGAGGGCAGUGGUGAGAGGAAAGCUGAAGCUCACAAUGUUUAACUCCAUCUAUCCAUUGCAUGAACUUGUCCUGAUGGAUUAACUGAAGGAAAGAAAUGCCAAGGAAAACGUUCGGCCGCUGUCCUUACGUGACCUGAACUUCAGAGGAGACGUCUAACCUCAGUGACGUCUGGAGGAAUGAACCCAGAGUGGAACAUAAAGGUGACAUGUUGCCCUCCAGAAACGUAUCUCUGCAGUACUUUGCAGCAAUGGAUUUCUGUUUUUAAUAAAAGAUGUCUGCCUUCACCUAUAGCGGAAAAAGAUUGAUCAGCCAAGUAUUGAACACAAGUGGAAAAUUAAUGGUUCAAAAAGGAAACCUUGCAUAUUAAAUCUAUGUUGUGAAUGUUGGAUUGACGAAACGUCAGUGGCAUAAAUGCAGAUGUUGAGGUAAUUUGGUGGAAAUGAUUUGAAUUAAUGAUAGUUUGACAAUGUUCUGCCUUGAUGUAUUGUAUGUAAAAGACAAAAUAAUGUCUGGUGAGGUAAAAGGGGUCCAGAGCUUUGACUUUUCUCAGUUUAUUGUUCAAAGGCUUCAUGUCAACUGCUCAGAUGGUCUUUAGGCAAAACAAUCAGCUUUAACUGAUCAAGCUUUCAGUGGAAAUUCUCGACUCCACUCAAUUUCUCUAAACUAAAGCAUUAUGAGAGUAUUAGGGUCACUGUAGAUUAAAACAUAUUAAUAUGGCCACAGAGCAGUUAAAUUUCCAUAUUUACUAGAAACAUGAUGGAAGAGCGGUAAAAGGUUAAAUUAAAAUUAAAAU